AUGGAUGAUAUAUCCAAGAGCACCCACAAGAGCACAUCACGCGUCCUGGCUGCGCUGGAUUACUCCAUGCCGUCUUCCUCAAAUUCUCAUACCAUCAUCCAAACAUCCCAAAUUCUCGGCAAGCGUAAAUCCGAGUCAAAUACCUUUCCUGUGUCGCCAGUGAGGAGAGCACAAACUCUCCCAGACGUCGAUUCAACGAUUCAUGGACCACACUCACAAUUCAACAAGCCUGUGCAUGCGACUGGCGCUUCGUUACAAGGUGCUUCAUCUAGAGCUGGCAGAUCUCAAUCAAGAACCAAGAACAAUAUUCAAAGCAAGCUCAUUACAUCCGGCUUCUCUCUGAGAUACGACAGCGAAACUCCUGCUACUCGCAUUGAUCAAGGAGGCCCUGAUCAAGAACAGAGAUUGGCAGAAUUUGUAUAUAACUCUAUUGAAAACCUUGGAGAUAGACGGUCUGUUAAGGAUGCCAUCCGAAACCUCGGUCUUCAGAGUGACAAGGAUCUCCUCCCCGGUCUCGAAGUACGGCUUUUACCUCACCAGCUCAUCGGUGUCAACUGGAUGGUGGACCAAGAAAAAAAGUCCCCUUACAGGGGUGGUAUCUUAGCAGAUGAAAUGGGUCUUGGCAAGACUGUCCAAAUGAUUGCCACAAUGGCAGCCAAUUUGCCCAGGGACACUGAUGUUGUGAAGACCACGCUCGUCGUCGUUCCCGCUGCGCUCCUUCAACAGUGGAAGGAGGAAAUCGAGACGAAGUCGAAUGACUUAUUUACCGUUCAUAUACAUCAUGGACGGGAUAAGCUUUCUACCCUGAUGGAUGUCAGAUCUAAAGACGUCAUCAUCACUACAUAUCAAACCCUGAGCACGGAGCUUACUAUUCCAAAAGACACCGAAGAAGGCGAUGAACUGGCAUAUCUUGAGGACCACGGAGGGGUACUUGGUCGCAUGAGAUGGUAUCGUGUGAUUUUAGAUGAGGCCCAAUUUAUUCGAAACAGAGGAACGCACGCUAGCCGCAGUGUAGCUCUACUCCGUUCGACUUAUAGGUGGAUGCUUACAGGCACACCUGUCACGAAUACACUUUACCCAACUACUCCCAGUGCUGACAUAUAUGGGCUUAUUCGCUUUGGGCGUUUUCGCCCUUGGAAUGACUGGGAGUCGUUUAAACAAUAUAUUGCAAAGGUGCAGCAAGAGGAUGCGCCGCUUGCGGCAAUGCGAGCGCAGGAGAUUCUGAAGCCCCUGUUGCUUCGCCGCACGAAACAAGCUAGAUUGGAAGGAAAGCUCAUUCUUCAGCUGCCCCCGAAAAACAUUGAGCUCGUGACUCUUGAAUUCUCAGCAGAUGAGCAACAGCUAUAUGAUGAUUUCGAAAAGAAAAGCCACGUUCAAAUCAAUCGCUUCAUCAAAAGAGGGACGUUGUUGAAGAAUGCAACUUAUAUCUUGGCGAUGAUCCUACGGCUUCGGCAGCUGUGUUGUCAUCCGAACUUAAUCCUGUGUCACACAGAAGAGCACGAGGACCCCUCCAUACUCAUGUCCGAUGACAAGGGAAAGGAGUUUGCGCGAGCAAUCCGAGUCAUGGGGCCGACCUGGGUUGGCGAUAUCAAGAAGAGGUUCAUGACACGCGCGCUAGAGAGUAAUCUACUCGCAUUCUCGGAUGAGGAGGGCGCAGACGCAACAUGUCCUGUCUGCAAAGAUCUGUACGUCAACAACGCUGGUCGUGUCCUUACCUGUGGCCAUGAGAUUUGCUUUGGUCAGUGGACCCUCAUCAUACCAUCGUCGUUGUGUUUUGAUCGCGUUCUUGUUUCUCUAGAUUGUAUGCUCAUACUUUCAAAUUCGCCGAUUACCCAUGACGGAGAAUUUGGUCAUGGAAAUGAGAAAGAAAAUCUCCGUGCCGAACGUGAGUAUGAAGCUGCUGCUGCGAAAGGUCACCGGCCUUGCCCUACGUGCAAGAAGAUGAACGACCCAACGAAGGUGUUCAAGUCCAUUGCAUUCCAGCCAGAGGAGGAUGAAGUCGAGGAGGCAAAUCGCGCUCAUUCGGAAAUCGAGUUAUCUGUGCCUUCACGCUUCAGGGGUGCGACGCCAGAGGUCGACAGCUCCGACGACGAUAUGCCAGACUUCUCACAGCUAUUCGCGAAUGGAGGAAAACUCAAGAAGAAGGAUAAGAAGGCAGCGGGGAAUAAACGAUCGCGCCAGCAGUCUGGCAACGACGAAGUACUUGACUUGACUGUGGGUGAUGUGUCGGACUACCUUGAUGAUUCCGACAUUGAGCUCGGGAGUGGGCAUGCCGUGCGGUCCUCGAAGAAGCACUAUGAUUAUGGAAAAGGGAAAGCACCCAUGAGGGACGACGAAGAGAAACCUCCAUCGCAAAGUGCAGAGAAGGCAAAUUUGGAAGACUCUGGCGCCCCUUCCGACGCACUUAUUGCCAUGUGGCGAAAAGGUGAUUACGACCUGGAACCAAGUACGAAGAUGCUCGCCCUCAUCAAUUUCCUCAAGUCAUGGGACGAGAGCGGGGACAAGACAAUCUGCUAUUCACAGUGGACCUCGAUGCUUGACCUCAUCGAAACGCUAUUCUCGCGAUAUGGGAUCCGCAGCCUGCGAUAUGAUGGUUCCAUGAACCGGAUAUCGCGGGAUAAUACUCUUGCGACAUUCAAACGACCUGAUGGACCCAAGGUCAUCCUCAUCAGCACGAAGUGUGGUAGUGUAGGUUUGAAUCUGGUUGUGGCGAAUCGGAUCAUCAAUUUGGAUCUAUCCUGGAAUUAUGCGUCCGAGUCACAAGCAUACGACCGCGUACAUCGUCUGGGACAAGAGAAAGAUGUUUUUGUCAAGCGACUUGUUGUCAAAAAUACGAUAGAGGAACGAAUGCUCCGCCUUCAGGAGGUUAAAACUGACCUUGCGGAUGCCGCGCUCGGCGAGGGCGCGGGAACGAAGCUACAGAAGAUGAGCGUUAAGGAAAUCAAGACUUUGUUUGGGAUGAAAACUUAA